CCCCAAAAGUCGCCUCCCGCAUCCAUCGAUCGAUCCAUCUCUUGCUCUCUGGCAAUGGCCCUCCACAUCCCUCAAAUCGUGGAGAACGCCCCUUCCUCGACCUCGACCGCGACAGCCCCGGUCGCCCUUUCUUGCUGUGCUUUGAGCGUCUCCUUCGACAAGCCGUGCAGAAAGCUGCAGAAGUGCAGGAGGCGGGUGCCCCUCGAAGACAUCACCCACCUCUUCCGCAACCUGCCUUCUCCCCAGAUCGGCGCCGCCUCCCAUCUUGCGCAGCCGCGCCAAGCGAUCGACGAUGUAAGCCCUCUGGAAAGAAGAGCUCAGAAUGCCCCGGCCGCAAGGGAUUCCGGCGUGUCUCUCCGCAAGGGAUUCCGGUGUGCUGGUGAGGCAAAUGAUCAGCGGCCAUCGUGCGUAGGCAGUUUGGCAUGCGGCGGGGUGGCGUUAUCGACGGCACCUUCGAGCUCAUUAGUGGCAAUCGAAGCAGCCUGUGAAGAGGCAUCAGAUGGCUCCUGCCAUGCCGAGAGGUCAUCUGACAGCUACAACGUGGGGGAUCUUUGGCGUGGCAUGGCGAUGGGGAUCAAACUUGCGCUAUGCUUGCUCCUAUGCGUCGGGUUCGUGUGCACCGAGGAAGCACGGCUGCUGCAUUGUGUCGGUGACUGCGAACACGGGGCUGAGAACACGGCGGAGGGCGUGACCGGAGGGCGAAGCUCGAUUUGGGAGUUGGAGUGGGGGAGCGAGGCGAUGAGAGCGGGUGAGAGGAAGAGGGAGAUACCGGGAGGACCAGAUCCGCACCACCACCGUUAG